AUGGAUACGUUCAAUCACUUUCGCAUCAAGCGCCAGGCGCAUAACAUCAGUCGACGGAGCAACGAAGCAUGGAAUCCGUUCCGACAUGUGUCCUGGAGGCCACAGAGAGCAGAGACUUGGAACGGAAGUCGUCUUGAGGCGCAACAUGACCAAGAAGACCUCACCUUCGCCGUAACCAGUCCGUAUCCCACUUCCGGCAAUACUCAUGACAAUUCUGCGAGUAGCCAUAACGACGAACAACAUGCUGGGAAGCAGUUGAGUGGAGAAGGCGAGGCACAAAUCGGAGGUAAUAGUGAAAACGAAAACUAUGACAUCCCCCUCAUCGACAGAAACCAGCUUCGAAACCGGAAACGCGGAUCUGACGAUAUCAUUAACGGGGCACCGUGGUUGGACAAAACAGCGAGCAUACCUCCAGUCGCCGAGCAGGAGAUAAAUAUAAAGCCUAAAAAAGAGGGCUUCUUCCGACAUGUCGAGCCUCAAGAGCCCUUCACCGUCGCUAACCAGUUGCAGCGAAUAUUUUUUGAGAGCUGGCUAAACAUCUUUCUCCCUCUGAUUCCUGUUGGAAUUGCCCUUCAUAUCAUCAAGGGAAACUCUAUCGAGACCUUUAUCGUCAAUUUCUUUGCGACAUUUCCCCUUCAAAACAUGGCGGCUCAGGGUCUUGAUGAGAUACAGUUGCGACUGGGGAAGAUAUACGGGAAUUUGUUAUAUAUUACUACUUUCAACUUUUUCCAACUCAUAUCCUCCAUCUUGCUACUCGUUAACAAAGAGAUUGUCAUCCUCCAGACCACGCUUAUCGGCGGUAUUCUCGCCAACAUUCUCCUCAUCCUCGGCCUUAGCUUCAUAGCAGGAGGGCUCCGCCGCCCAGAGCAGUUUUACAACAUCACGACCGCUCACGUCUCAUCAAACCUCUUAUCCCUAUCUGCAACAAGUCUUUUGAUACCAACCGCAUCCAAACUGCUCGGCCAGACUUCAGACGGAAAUCUAGCAAAGCAGUCCCGGGGGGCAUCUGUCCUCUUGAUAUUCGUCUAUAUUCUCUUCCUAGUAUAUCAGUUUAAAACGCAUAAUAGUGUCUUCUCUGAGAAAUCUCAGAAGGUACCGGCAGUUUCGUGGGGAAAGCCGCCUCCAAAUUUGAAAGCCGCCUUAGUACUCCCGGCCGCUGUUAUCCCGGCUGCUCUGGCCGUACAGGACAUUCUACAACCAGACAUGAAAGCCAAGGAUAUCGAUGAAGAUGAGGAUGAUGCACCUCUGUUAUAUUUUCCACUGGCGAUCUCUCUCUUCCUCGCUUCCAAUGUUGGACUGUUCUUUCUCGUCGAUUACGUCGUUAACAGCAUUAAUGGUCUUGCGACGACCGCUCAGCUCUCCAGGACAUUUAUUGGCUUGGUCUUGCUUCCAAUCCCAAACUGCGAUCCCUAUGCCAUCUACUUGGCUAUUCAAGACGAAGUUGAUCACGUUAUUACAUGCACGAUUGGCAAAUGCAUACAGACAGCCCUGUGCAUCACGCCUUUUAUCACCUUGCUGGCUUGGUGGCUUGACAUUCAGGGUGUCACUCUUGUAUUUGACGGAUUUGAGAUUGUGAGCUUGUUUGCAGCCAUAUUGCUGCUGAAUUUUGUUGUCUCGCCAGGAAAAGACCACUGGAUUCAGGGAGCUCUCUUGUUGGCAGACUGGGGUUUGAUAGCUAUCGCCGCAUACUUUGUAGAUUUGGGGCCAUAUGGUCGUACGUGA